AUGAUCCGUCGCACAGGAGUCCCCGCGCGCGCGGCCUGCCACGCCUGUCGCCGCCGCAAGUCUCGGUGUAGUGGCGGCCGUCCCAAGUGCACCUCCUGCCAGGCUCGCAACGUCGACUGCGUCUACGACACGGCCUCGAAAGGUGAGACCCGCGUGCAGGCGCUCAAGCGCAAGUGCGUGGAGCUCAACGAGAAGGAGUCCUCCCACCGCAAGGUCUACGACCUCCUCGCCACGCUGCCGCUGCCCGAGGCCAGGGCCCUGUUCGACCGCCUCAGGCAGACAGAUGGCGCCGACACGCUCCUGCACCUCUUCAACGAUGGCGAUCUCCUGCUGCAGCUCAAGCUCACUCCCGAGUCCCGCACCCGGUACGAGUUUCCUUACCGGCGGGAGAUGCCGGCCACUGUGACAGAGUUCGACAACCCUUACCUCAACUCCUUGGUUUACGAGUGCUCGUUGCGUAACUCUGGUGCCCACGACUCACUCGAGACCAUCGACGUCGCGUUCGAGGCGUACCGCGACAUGUACCUCAAGCCUUUCCACGCUGCCGCCGUCGUGGAUCCGCUCCUGGAUGCCGUCGAACCAUCAAAAUGGACCAACGUCAGCAAAGACGAUGCCUUGAUGCGCAGGAUCCUUGCUGCCUACUUCAUGAACGAGUACCAGUCUCUACCGGCUUUCCACAAGGACUAUUUCCUCAAGGACAUGGUGGAAGGCCGUCAUCGGUUUUGCUCGCGGCUUCUAGUCAAUUCCGUCUUGGCCAUGGGUUGUAUCUGCUACAACGCCAUCCCAAAGCGCUAUGAGUAUUGGAACCCCCAGGGCCUGGUCUACCAGUUCAUGAACGAAGCCAAGCGGCUGUGGGAGCUCGAGGCGCACAAGCUCAAGCUCACCACCAUCCAGGCCGGACCGGUUCUCAACGUGAUACACAACAUGUGCUGCCAGGACAAACUCGGUUGGGCAUACACAAUGCAAUCAGUGACCAUGGCACACAGUCUCGGAUUGUUCUCGCCUGCAUACAGAUCGCCUUCAUCCAGGCAGUACAGCAAACGAGAACAAGACGCGCGAGAUUUCACAGCGUGGUGUCUCUUUACGUUCCAAACUUUGCACUGCCUGCUCUUGUUUGAUGCUCCGCUCAUGAUCAAGCCUCCGGACAUCCCACUCCCAGAUCCAACGACGGACGCAGACUGGUACAGCGAGGUGUGGCUCAAGUACCCGACAAGAGACCGACUGUGUCCCGCCAGCUUCGGGCAACUGUUCCACGCAAGAGCAGCAAUCCGAGUCAUCACGAACGACAUCCUGCUUGCGUGUUAUGGCGAUCAUACACCAACGCGCCACCUGUCGAUCCACCAGGCCAGCAUGUUCAACUACCGCCUCGAGGCCUGGUACAAUGCUCUGCCAAGAGUGCUCAAUGCCAAGAAGUCGGUGUUACCAAGCCACCUCUUACUACACAUAAAUUACCAGAACGUCCUCAUCAACAUACACGGCCCAUUCCUACAAGCAGGCCCAUUCGCCGACGGUUACGACCCGUAUCUCAGCCGGGAGGCGGCGCUGAUGAGACUCGAGACCCUGCUCCGCCUGUACUACCUGCGCCACGGUUUCGAGGUCGCCGACGCCUUCGUCAUCCAGCCCCUCAGCCUCAUGGCGUUCGAGAACCUGCAGAAGCUGCAGGCGAACCCGUACGGCCCGCGGUCCGACGCAAUCCGCUCGUCGUUGAUCCUCGCGGCAAAGGGGCUCUGGGACCUGGGUCAGAGCUGCUACCUCUCGCGCACGACGCUGUGCCUGCUGCGCAAGCGGCUCCUCCAGCAGGGGCCGGCGGAGCUGCAGGCCGAGGCCGAGCUGCACACGCUCGACAAGGAGGUCAGCAUCACGAUCGAGCCAGACGCCGCGCACCACAUGCAGAUCCGCGAGGUGCGCAGCCGCUGGCCGCCGAGCAUGCACAGCAUCACCGAGGAUCCGGAAGGCCAGCGGCUCAGCGAGCUGGUCGAGCGGUACAUGAGCAUCAAGGGCGAUUCGGACAGCGAUUCGGAGGGAGAGGGGGGCGAUGACUUCAUGGACGACGAUAACGGGUAUGGUGUCACUCAUGAGAAGGCGGCGGUGCAAGCUGGGCUUAGCAGCAGGUCGCCGGGGACGAUGACGACCAACACCAGCACGACACAGGUGGGGAGUCCGUCCUGACUGUCGGACGCACGAGGUGCUGUUUUGGGACGUGCAAGGUGUACAGUACAUGCAAUUAUACACGCUGGGGCCUGUCAUUAAUGCCCAACUGGGCGCCCUCGAAACAUUGAGGCUGCAGAUCAAAUAACGUAAUCCACAAGCAAGCGGGCCAUACAAGCAAGCGGGCCACCUUCCAGGUGCUCGUACGAUAAUGUGUAAGUUAAAUCAACCACAACGCCUUAAAUCAAUUGAAACUAUUCGAAAUCCU